AUGGUUGAACCGUCACCCUCUCCUCUGCACUUCUCCCGUCAGGAGAAAGGCAAGGACAGGGAGCCACAUAUGCAUCGUGACCCACAGGUCCAUGAAGGUGCUAUCCCUGCUGGGAUCUUACAGUCAGCCGGCUCGCUAGCCAAACAAAGUGAUUUGGGUUGCAAAGGUGACCCCGAUCUGACACACAUUAUUUCAGAUCGACGAGCGUUCAACCCUCACAUGAGAACUGCUGUUCACUUCCAGGCCGCUGCCUCCGCUGACAAGACUGAGUCUUUGUGUGGUAGGGACUCGCAGAAGCGCAGGAAGCACAGACGUCGCUGA